AUGGAUCCUAGCAAGCCCCAGACGAAUGGAAUGUCAACUCCCAAGCCAGUGCUUUUCUUUGACAUUGACAACUGCCUGUACCCCAGAAGCUCGAGAGUCCAAGAUCACAUGGCGCAGCUCAUUGACGAGUACUUUGCGAAGCAUCUCUCUCUCCCCUGGGAAGAUGCAGUGAAGCUGCAUAAGGAGUACUAUACCAACUACGGCCUCGCCAUCGAGGGCCUCGUACGACACCACCAGAUUGACCCCCUAGAGUACAACUCCAAGGUCGACGAUGCGCUACCCCUCGAGGACAUCCUGAAGCCCAACCCCGAGCUGCGCCAACUUCUCGAGGACGUCGACAAGAGCAAGUGCACAAUGUGGCUCCUGACCAACGCCUACGUCAACCACGCCAAGCGUGUCGUGAAGCUGCUGGGCAUCGAGGACCUCUUUGACGGUCUGACGUUUUGCGACUACGGACAGCAACCGCUGGUCUGCAAGCCUGCCAAGGAGAUGUACCUCAGAGCCAUGCGGGAGGCGGGCAUCGAGAAAAUGGAGGACUGCUACUUCGUUGACGAUUCGUAUCUGAACUGUCAGAAAGCCCAAAGUUACGGCUGGAACGUGGCACAUCUGGUGGAAGAGAAUCUACCUGUGCCGAGAACGCCGGCAUCCGCGCACCAGAUCCGGCACUUAAGGGAGCUCCGAGAGGUGUUUCCUCAAUUCUUUAAGUCAAAGAACGCCUAG